CGCAGUGUUACCAACGCUAGCUAGUUAUGCCCAAGAGAAAGAAGGGAAAGAUCGACGAGGGCGGAGACAGAAAACGGAAGAGAGGACGAAAGAAGGAACGUGGAAAUGCGAACUACUCGCUAGUCGAGAAGAGAAAUACAGCGUUUGAAAGAUUUUACAAGGAGCAGCACAUUGUGCCUGAAGGUGAAUGGGAUGAAUUUAUGUUAGCCUUAAGAGAGAAUCUUGCAGCAACAUUUAGAAUCACAGGAACGAGAAGUCAUGCCAGACAAGUGUCUCGAUGUCUUGAAACAAUAUUCUUCAAGGAAAUGGAGGGCCUCGUGGUAGAUGGAGAGGUUAUUUCACCGCCUCAUGCUUUGUCUUGGUAUCCUGAUGGUCUUGCAUGGCAUGUGUCCCUACCACGCAAGGUCUUGAGGAAACAUCCAACUCUUGUCAAGUUUCAUCAGUUUUUGGUGCAUGAAACAGAGAAGGGUAAUCUCAGUAGACAGGAAGCAGUGAGUAUGAUUCCUCCUCUUCUUUUGGACGUAAAACCACAUCACAAAAUUUUAGACAUGUGUGCUGCUCCUGGAUCAAAAACGGCUCAGCUGUUAGAACUUCUUCACGCUGAAGAUACAGCAGUGUCUGCUAUUCCGAGUGGGUUUAUUAUUGCUAAUGACAGAGAUUACAAACGAUGUUAUAUUCUUCUUCAUCAGCUUAAGCGAAUCAAUAGUCCUUGUUUAAUGGUCACCAAUCAUGAUGCUUCUAUUUAUCCGACAUUGUAUCAUAAUCCAAAGGAUUGUGGUAUUCGUCAGCCAGUGGUAUAUGAUAGAGUACUAUGUGAUGUUCCAUGCAGUGGUGAUGGAACAAUGAGGAAGAACCUAAUUAUGUGGAAGAAAUGGAAUCCCACACUUGGUCCUGGACUCCACAGAGUGCAACUACGUAUUCUUUGUCGUGGCAUUGAAGUUCUUGCUCCUGGUGGAAGAUUAGUUUAUUCAACAUGCUCUCUUAAUCCUGUUGAAGAUGAGGCUGUAGUUGCUGCAUUACUAAAUAUGAGCAAAGGGACUGUUGAGCUUGUUGAUGUAUCUGGUGAUCUGCCAGGACUGAAAACUUGUUGUGGACUUCACAGAUGGAAGUUGUUGUCGAAGCGUGGAGAAUGGUUUGAUUCUCAUGAUAAAGUACCUGAAGCACUGAAACAAGGUUUAUGUGCUACAAUGUUUCCAUCAUCUCCUGAAGCAGCUGAAUUGAUGCACUUAGAGAGAUGUCAGAGAAUUCUUCCUCACCAUCAAAACACUGGAGGGUUUUUCAUUGCUGUUUUUCACAAGUUGACAAGUGUACCUUGGCAGAGGAAAUUCCCCCUGAUUAAGAAAGUUGGACAUCAGGAUUUGUUGUCUGAAUGUUCUAGUAGAAAAGGAGGAAGUGGUCUGAAUGUACUCUCUACACCCUCAGAUUAUGUUGCUGCUUCUGUAUCUUGCGGUGCUUCUGAUGAUAACUGUUCAGGUUUGGCAGGAGAGAUCUGUACUGAAGAUGCAAAUGUUGACAGUGUUUGUGGAGCUAGUACACUACAAGCAACAACAGAUCUCGAGGUUGUAAGAGACAGCUUUACAAAAGCAAAGGAAGGGGAAGAUGAUGCUAUUGUAAUGGCAUCUGGACGUAUGGAGGAUGGCUCUAUUCCUCAUGAUACAAGUACAGCUGAUACUUCUUGUAACAUCAGUGAUAUGCCACCAGAGAUUAAGAAUGUGAGCGAUGUUGUUGAAGGUGUGGAGAAGAAAGAGGAACCAUUUAUAUUUCUAACAAAGGAUGAUCCUGAUUGGCCAUGUUUGAGAGACUACUAUGGGCUUGAAAAUCUUCCUGUUGGUCUCUUGUUGGUGCGAUCACAGACAACAAAGAAACGAAAGAUAUACAUUGUAUCGCAAGCUGUAAAAGAUUUAGUGUUGAAUCAGAAGCAACAUGUCAGGAUAGUCAACCUUGGUGUACGAGUAUUUCAAAGGUCAGAAGGGAGAGACGUGAAUUGUCCACUGCGACUUGCAUCAGAGGGUUUGUCAGCAUUGCUCCCUUACAUGCGCAAACGUCGUAUAUAUGUGUCUUUAACAGACAUGGAACUGUUGCUUCGUCAAUUUAAUCUUUCUACAACCUUGCUUUCACCAAACUCCAAAGCACAGCUCAACAAAUUGACAACUGGUUCAGUGGUAUUCACAUAUGAUCCUUCUCGUGAGGAUACAGAAACAGAGACAAGAGCUGUUUCAUCAGUUCCUGGACCACAGUGUGUUGUAGAUGUGUGUGGAUGGACUGGACACUCAUCUGCCCGAAUAAUGUCAAGUGAUGCGGACAGAAUGCAUUGCCUUCUUAUAUUCGGUAUGGCAACACAGGAUGACAUCAAAUUGGAUUCAAAUCAACUGAGACCUAAUGUAGAGGGCGAGAGUUCAAUAGAUCCGGUAGAUCAACUUGAACAGUCAAACUCUCCCAGUUGUCAUGGUAAUUCUGAUGGUAAUGAUUGUGAGUUGGAUGUAGUAUGUAGUACUUAAUUAAAUCUGAUCAGAGCUACCUGGUGAGGAAACAACAAAUGACCAUGAAAAGGGAACUCAAAUUAUAUAAUUGACAGCUGUUCAUCUGUAGAUGUCUUGUGUUCACUCACUGUAGUAGAUAUACUGUACUACGUAGAUAAACUGCAGUUGUAGUUUCGUGACAUUUUUCUGA